AGGACUUGAAGCAUAGGGCGCACCAUAGUAUCUUUUCCCAUCAACAGAUGGCAGGAGUAAGAGCGGCGGGAAAGGAGUAUCGUCUGUUUGUUUCCGCGCCAGUAUCGCCUGUGUUCCAACUUCCAACGCUGCUCAGUUGUUCUCGGGCAAAGGCGGAGAGAGUACGUCAAGGCGGAGGAUCAGUGGUGCGUGUAUGGAACGUUUUUCUAAUUGCCCAAAAACGACAAAGUUACCUUGAGAGUGGACAUGGUGUACUCCUGUGGGCAAGCCAUCCUGCAACCCGCGUCCUGAUCUGUGACAGGCAAGGCAGCCUUCCUCGUGAAGGACUUAGACGAGACAGCGCAGCCGCAGCAGCAGCAGUAGUCUGAGGUGGCGUGAGUCCACACCUGGUAGUAGUCAGCAAUCAGAGGGAGACGUCUGUGGCCAGGCACGCCAAGGAGACGACAGCCUUGGAUUGGAGGCCAUCGUCGAAGGAGGAGACUAAAAGAACCGCAGCGGCAGUGGCGACUGCGCCGCGCGGCCGCACCGAGCACAGCACAGCAGUAGCGACUGGGAACUUGAGGAGGAAGGUUGUAUCGCGCUCUUCCUUUGCGAUCUUUGUGUACUUGUGAACUAAAGCGAUCUUUGUGAGUGUGUUUGUGAUGUGCUGUACUUGUUGAGUUUAUGACGAGCUAGAACCAACAGUUAUUUGACACACGCCUUAUAUUUCCGAAUUAAGUAUUUUAUGAUCAAAUACAUAUAUAAAAGAGAACGACAUUGAAAAGGUGUGCGCGGCCACAGAGCCGGGAAGAUCAGCACGCCGCCAAGGGUCUGGCAGCUCGCCCGUCCACGCCCACACCACUCGUGACCUGCGGGAGGGAUCGCAGGGCUUGGGACAGGUCGAGGACGAUUUUGGAGUGAUUAGAAAGUAUUGAUCAUUUGUUUUUCCUUACAAUUGUUACUGAAUUGUAGAAUUUGUAUACGUAGAGUGUUUACCUGAAGUGUGACGGGAUCAUUACAUUAAUGCCUGUGACCGCUAGCAGUGGUGUGAGCAUGUAAUACCUUCCUGUGAACCCAGCCAUCGCACCACCACCAUGUCCACGUCAGGAUCGUCUGUAGGACAGGGGCCACACUUCGUCCCCCUGGGCAUGGCCCUCACGCCCCGAAGCCUCCUGAAGAGGCACAAGUUGCCCACUGCGGCGCACCUCCACGCACCCACAGCACCUUCUGGACUUGAUCUCUCCCGCCCGCUGCUCCUCUACAACACCUACAACUCGACAAAGGUGCGGGGCGUGUCUCUGCGACCAGGGAAGGAUGGCGCGCUCAUCCCGCAGGGUCCUUCAAUAGUUAUCCCAGACUCAUACACUGGCUGGUUUGCCAUCAUGACAAGUGAUGGACGUACAGCAUCCUACUACUCCACAGUGGAGCAGGUGGCAUCCAGCAAAGUGACCUUCUUCCUCACCCGCUAUGAUGUACCUUCUUACACAAAAACUGAAGAAAGUGAUGGCACAUUCUCUUAUCAGAAGAGUGUUGUUCAGAGUGGCCAUGUAUUGAAACUGCUGGGUAUCUAUGAAGACCUCAAUGCUCGUCGCACAAAUAGUAGUGGACGAGGCCAUGAUUCCUCCUCCUCUUCCUCUGUCUUCACAUGUGACAAGUAUGCACAGUGCCUCAACUACAGGAAUGAGGUAUUGUUCCUGCCUUUCUCAGCAUCAGGCCGUUUCUACACAACGGCACACAAAAGCAGCAAAAAUCCCAACCAUGUAUAUUUGAUGGCUCACAUCCUCAAGAACCACCGCCUACCCCUCACAGUACGACUAGUGUGUGGGUACAUGCCAAGGGUUCCUUGUAAUUUCACAGGAAUGCUACGCCUAGAGCAAGCCCAGAAGGAGUCAGUGAUCCUGGCUUGCACCAUGACUGAUGAAGCUCAAGCAACUUUAUUUGAAAUUGAUGUCUCCUCCAACUUUGCUCUGACACCAGUCAAGGACCCCAUGUUCCCCAAGACCCCAAUCUUCCUCAAAACUGUGUCAUACUGUGAAGACGAGGCUGAGGCCUGGCGCCGCCAGAUCAAGGUGACUCAUCAUGUGACAGAGAAGAGGUCAAGAUCAUUGACCAGGUCACUGAGUGACAAAUUUGUAGAACCAUUAAGCAACAUUCGACCCCUCAGUUUCUCUUUCCUUUCUGAUCACGACAAGAGGAAAGGGCGAGAGCGGGACCUUUCAAGGGAAGGAAGACCACCUCCCACCAGUAAGGACAAAAGCCGAGACUUCAAAUUCAAAGACUUCCGACGAAGGGAAAACAGUGUAGAGAAGACAAAGUUCACUUAUCAUGACAACUCCAAUGGAUACAACAGCUAUCCUCUCAAAGACUCUGGAAGGGAACAUAAAAAGGCAGACCUUCGAAAGAUCUCAAAGCAGAACACUUAUGUUCUACAGAAUGGUAAGACAGCAAAGCAACCUGAAAAAAAGCCUGAAAGUGAGAGUGGCAGUUUUAUAUCAUUCAGAUCUAUAGAGAAUAUGGAUUAUUCACGUGUGGUUGACGAUAUCAGUCCAGUAUCAGAAAGAAGAGAGGAAGGUGAGGAUCAUUAUGCAGAGAUCUGCUCUCAGACUCUAAAAAAUAAAAACAUGAAUAAAAAUGAUGGUCCUCUCAGCUUGCCAAACCUCAGUCUAUUCCAAACCAAAAAAGGGAAGGAAGCGGUUUCCAGGAAGUUCUCCAACAGUAGCAUCAACUCAAAUAGUUCCAGUCUGAGGAGUCAGUGUUCUCUAAGAAAUCCUGUGAGGCAGGUUAUCAGUAAUGGAUUAAGUGAAAGUGAAAGUAUAAAAGUAAGUGUUAUGUCACCAGGAAGUAAGUUAUUAAGUGAAAAUGCUCCUAGGAAAGAAAGAACAAACAGAAAUAGAUUACUGGAAGCCUUUAGAGAAAAAAUGUAUGAUAGAAAUACAGUGAGUCAAUCAACUCAUGAAAGAGUAUUUGAAAAGGACAAAGAUGAUGAGGUGUGUUGUGAAGAAGUUAUAAAAAAGAACAAGUGUAUCUUCCCAGAAUCUAGAAAUGCAGAAAAACAACAUAGUGUGAGUGAUAGGAUGGAAAGAAAUCUUAUGGAUAAACCAAAUGAAGCCUUGCAAGAAAAGAGUGGCAGUGCACGGAACACCAAUGGCUGUGACGUCAAUGAAGUUUACAUCAUACGUGUGGUUGUGAAAGACCGUGAGGAAAACAACAUGUCCACCUUGGCUAAGGAUAAGUCUGGUGGCUACUACAUGAAGAUCAGAGGCUUUGAGGUCCCUAAGGAUGAGAUGAAAAAUGUGAUAGACGUAAAUGAGAUAAAUGGAUAUGAUUCCCUUUGUUGAUCUCAUAUUGCAUCCUCUCAGUGUACUGAAUUUCCCUUCCUAAUAUUAUAUUGUAUAUUUCAUUAUAUCACUUAAACAUUACAAAGUUUUGAUCAGUCACCAUAGAUAUUGUACAUAAGUUAAAUUUAUUUUUGAAUGUGCAUAGGCACUAACAGUAGCUCCGUUUCUAUAGGUCCAGCAGCACAGUAAAUGACAAAAACUACUGAAAUAUUCAUAUACUAACAUGGAUGAAACUUAAUUCAGUAUUGUGGAUUGUCAUCAAAUAGCAAUAUCUAGUUUUCCUAUUCUAUAAAUUAUUGUAUUUCCAAUAAUUUCUUUACUCUACAGAGAAAUGUGUGACAAAUGCUUGUGGCACAUGAGAACCUUGCUCAACUAUUUACUGAUUACCAUAUGCACCAGAAGGCUGAUAUCAGGAAGCCAUGGGUAGCAGUCAAACUCAUUAGAGAAAAUGGUCUGAACAGAGGAGGAUAAGUGUAACACCAGCAAGCUCAGCUGACACUAAAGGUGACAUCACCCUAACCAAAUUUGAUGAGAUGAGUGUGAGCUUGAGCAGCAAGUAUUUGCCCAUGAAAUACCUUAAUCUCAAGAUAUGACUGUGAAAUUUUGUUUCAUGUAUGAGCUGCUUUGCAAACAGCAAAUAAUUUAGCAUGGUGUGUUAUUGUGCUGGAUCCACAUAUGCAUUUAAACAAAUCAUUACUGCAUUCAUGUAGUAUCUAAAACAGUGAUAUUAAUAUUGCUGUAUUAUGUCAGUUAUACAAGAUAAUGUAAAUAGACAUGUGGAACCCCAAUAUUCCACCCUUCUAGAGUCAUAGCCAUCCCAAAUCCAUAAGCUUCUUAACAGCUAUAACUGAAGCCAAAUUUUUUUUCUACUCCCAUUGCAUUAGGUAAAAUUUUAUAUAAAUUCAAAUAACAGUGAUACCUGAAAAAAAAUUAAGAAAUCAUUUUCAGGAUGAGGUUUAAUCAUGUACAUUUAAUAUGACCUUGCCCAUAUUAUUCACUUCACAAGCUGGAAUUCAAUGUCUGGAUACCACUGAAGUGCUUCUUAUUAAAAUUUCACAAUUUAAGCUCUUGCUCAUUAAAAUUUACCCAGUGUGAUGCCACUUAGAGGGUUUAUCCCAAAACUAGUCACCAUCAGCUGGCGCUUAAGGACUAAUUAGAUGACAGAUCAGGCUUAGGUACAUCAGUCAAGUUUAAGUUGUUUUACUCAGGCUUAAUCUGACUAUAUCACUAUUCACAAUCAUGUCUUUGCUGACAUUUUGCCUGGUAAGAAGAGAACCAUUACAUCAUGGACAGUAUUGACAGAAUCCUGGUAACUAUAAAGAUUUUUUUUUUUUUUUUUUUUUUUUUGCUCAGUACUUAUUGCCACUUGUGCACCAAAAUCCUUAGCAGCUUCCUGGAAUCCCAUCACCUCCACAACUCAUGAUUAUAAGUCAGAAACACAAAAGGUAAUUAGAAAGUGGAGGAUCUAGUGGAGUUCUAAGGACAAAUUCAUUGAUAAAACUAUGUAGAAAGCACAAAAUAUCAAUGUUUGAGUUAGCAAGAAAAGCAUACCAUUAUAAUCAAAAUUAGGUACAACCAGGUGCACAGUUGUUGCUAUUACAUUGAUUCAGGCAGAAAGACAGUGAGCUAUAUAAUUGUAGUCAACGAUACACUAAACUAGAAAUAAAAAUGAGAAAAUGCAUUCAUGCUUUUGAGAGCUCAUUCUUGAUAGGUUAACUACACUUCUUGAUUAUGAAAAGACAUUGUAUGUUUUGUACUUCAUCUUGAAUAGAAUGUGAUUAUCGUACAGCCAUGUCAACUAGCCCUAUGUUGUUUUGCUCUUGCCGUGAAUCACUGUGCAAAUUAAAAGCAAAAGCUGGCCAGUAGCACCAUGAGUUAGAUGUGAAAUAAGUAAUGUAGAUAUACACUAUCCUUAAAUAUAUCUUUUUGUUGUACCUUCA